AUGAGUUCUCUAAAGAUACCUGCUUUUGUGCAAAUUUGGAGCAAGAAGACUGAGACAAGUAAGAGAGAUGCAUCCAUUGAAACAGCGGAAUGAGAGAAAGAAAUCAGCUAGUUAUUUUCACCUAUGAAGAAUUUAUGAGUUUUCCAGCUAAGCAAUAAUAUUAUACGUGUGGUCCUUAGACACUGUGGAAAAAGGCAAAGUUACUUGAAUUCAGCCUUGCAAAACAAUAGCUCCUUGUCUAUUGACAAAUUAUACUACAGGGAUGCUGAACCGUUAAAGACAUUUCUGGACACAGUCUGUCAAAACAAAUUCCAACCACCCAUGAAACCUGAUAGUGACUGGGGUGUUUUUGUCAGAAGGAAUACACAGGAGAAAAUUGACAAAACUCCAUUUUACAAAGUUUGUGACAAGCCAAGUCACCAGAAGGUACCUUUGUUAAUGUCAAAAUCACCAAUGCCUGGCAGAACAGGGCUACUAGAAAACCAAGGCGGGAAGGAAAAAAUGCUAUCAUCUGGUCCUGAGAUGAAUGAGGACUCCCUGAAAGAAAACAACCGUGUACUAAACAAGAAAUUGAAGACAGACUCCUUUGAGCAUAUGAGCAGCAAAAGAAAGAAACCAUUGCAAUUACAAGAUCAAAAAGCAUAGGAAAAGCACAGAAAUUCGAAACGUGGACCUUCAUGCAGGACUACUUCUGCUGAAAAGCCUAACUUAGAUGAGACUGUUCUUUCAAUCCAGGGUGUCUCUUCCAAAAGAAGUUUGGCAUUUCCAUCAGAACAGAUACACAGCCAUGAUGGCCCAUGACGGAAUGGACCCCAGGUGCAUGACACUCACCCAGAACAAGUAUGGCCAGGCUCCCCCAGUUCGGGAAACACUUGUUACGUGGAUGCACAUUUACAGUCACUAUUUGCAAUUCCAUCAUUUGUUGAUGCCUUCCUCAUGCGGGGCGUCCCCUGGGAGAAAAUCCCCUUUGACACUCUUACGAUUCACUUGAGCCAGCGACUUGUUUUAAAGGACAUUUUUAACAUGCGGAUCAAGGAAGAGUUGCUUGUAAAUAUUGAAAGUGCCGUUUCAGGGACAUUCUCUGGCAGCUUGCAGAGUGACGCUCGUGAGUUUUUAGGUUACUGUUUAGAUCAGCUGAAAGCCAACAUGGAAAACUUAAACACCACUUUGAAGACUGAGCGAGAAACUGCGGAUGAAAAUUCCUCUCCACAGAUGUAUGCUGGUCAUGCUGCCACCACAACGCCUGUUUGUCCUGUUGUUGCUAAUUUUGAGUUUGAAUUUCAGCGCUCCGUUAUUUGCAAAGCCUGUGGACAGCUUGUUCUGAAGAGAGAACCAAGUAAUUAUCUCUCUGUCAACCUACCCCAAGAACCAAAACUGCUUCCUUUCUCCACUCAAAACUCUUUUGACUUUAGAGAGGAGGAACCUGAGCGUGACUAAGAAGCGCAUGUCGCAGGGCACAGCUUCAGCGGGCUUGCCGGGGUCCUCGGCGUUCAUCGGAAGCGCUGUAGCUAUAAUGAUGUUCGGUCGGUGGAAGAUAACCAGCAGGUGGAUAUCCCCAGAUGCCUAAGCUCGUCCUCUCGUUGCAGUGAGAGCACCAAACCACCUUUUCCUGUUGCCCGUAAUGCACCAGGAGCCAAGGGGUGGAAGUGGUGGUGACAUUUCUCUCUAUUCUGACCCACUUGCAAAAU